AACCCGUCAACGUUGGUUGCUAAGGCGCUUUCAACGCCGGACGCUAGUAGCGCUGUCCACACAAAGGAGCUCGUUGAUUUCACAACACGGAGCGUUGUCAACGCCGUGCCAACGCGACGUCGUCAUCGUUUUGCCGUUGUUUGCGUAACCUGUUGUGUCGCUUCUACUGUUGUUUCUCUGUUACGUUUUUUGUUCGAAAUUUUAAAUCAGUGUUGAAAAACCACUAAGGGACAAAAUGUUCGACACGGAAAAGUUUAUACUGGAGGUGGAGAAGAGACCUGCUCUGUACAACGUGCAUUCGGAAGAAUAUAGUGACAGGACGCUGAGGACCAAGUGCUGGGAUGAUCUCGGCGAAAUAAUGUUCACAAACUGGGAUAAGAUGACACCAGUAGAAAGAGAGGUGGCAGGCAAAGAAAUGGUCAAAAAGUGGAAGUCCGUGCGGGACAAUUUCGUCCGGGAGGUGAAGCUGAGGAGAAGUUUCGAGAUGGAAGGGUCCACGGUGAAGAAGCGGAAGUACCUAUUCUACGACCAACUCGCAUUCUUGGUCCCUUACAUAAAGGGGGUAGACACCGCUGAGUCGACGGAACGUAGGCUCUCGAGCGAAUCUUCUAUUGAGGCUGCAGAAGAAGUUGGCGCCAACACCGUCAAGCCCGCUCGGGGACGUCACAGAAGACGGGGACGGGUGAGGGAUGUACCGGCCAUAGACAGGACCGUCGCUUCCAAGUCGGUACCGAUUAAGGUACUGUUGCCCGAAAGAAAGCAGGAAGUGCAGGAAAUUCAGACUGUACAACAGCAGAACAGAAUGGACUCGGACAGAUUCGGCAACAAAUCUUUCUUGAUGUCAUUUCUGCCCUUGAUGGAUUCCAUGACAUCACAAAAGUCGUUGGACGUGAGGAUCCAAAUAUCGGAGGUGUUCAGAAACGCAAUGCUACCGUCCGGACAGUACUCUGAACCUGCGGCUGCUGUCGACCAAUCGCCACACUUCCUUGAGGUUACCGACAUUAUACAGGAAGCUAGCGAGUCAGACAGUCCACGUGCGAGUAAAUAAGUCAAGUUUACAAGACCUAUUCCUUUAAUUAUUGAACGAGAGUUGACUUGGAGCGCUAGAGAAAGUAUUACAAAUUUUUAACUGAACAUAUGAUAAAAUAAAAUUGAUGUAUUGCACAAAAAGUUAAAAACUUUUACACUUUGGUAAUAUUUCUCAUAAUCAUGAAUAACCAAGAUUUUAUAUUGUACCUAAAUUAUCUAAAAUUAACAAUCUAUGUACAGUGUAAAUAAAAUCAGAAAAAUAAUUUUUGUUUUUCAUUAUAAGGCCAGUAACACACAUUGACGUAUUUGUUUAUAAAUUUUUUGUAAUAAAGUAACAAAACCACAA